UAACUUAACCUAACAUGAUAAUUAAAUUCUAAUCCAAAGUUCGAUAUAUCCAUUUUUACAUUUGGUACAUAUUAGAGAUCUUGUAAUUUAAGUCGACUAGUAAGAUUUAUUGCGAUAUUUUUCUGAUUUAUAUACGUAUAUGUAUAUGUGUGUACGUAAAUCUAAUAUAUCUAUGUCACAGAGAGAGGGAGGUAUAGAUUAAGUUAGAAAAGCUAUUGACAAAAAAAAGUCUAAGAUGAAUAUAACGCCUCCUAUCAAACCACCACGAGGAAUUAAACCGACGAAAGAAACGAGUGGUCUGCUGAUCUCUGUAAUCCGAGCAUUAUCAGCAAGCGAAACGAAUGAACAACGCGAGAUCGAGAAAGCCAAGUUGGAAAAAGAAUACAAACGAAGCGAUCAACGACUGGAAGAGUUAGUCUCCUUGCACGAUCAGGAUCUCAUGGAAGUUAUGAAAAUAUUCAGUGCGCUUUCAGAGAAAGUUACUUCGUCACGAGAAAAGAUUCAUGCGGUGAAGGAAAAUCUGAAUGCUUGCAAACAAUUGUUGAGGUGCAAACGAGAGGAGUUGUUGAAUUUAUGGCUGGAAGGAAUAGAACAUAAACAAGUCUUACAUCUUCUGAAGGAUGUGUCAUCAGAUUCGUGUGGACGUAUGAUAUCCUUAACAGAGCCUGAAUUAAUAUCCAAUACAUUGCAUGAUCCCUUAACAGAUCAAUAAUUAAAUAUAAAUAUCAUCAUUCUAUAUAUAUAAACUUACGUUAUUAUAUUACGUUAUUAUAGAUAUUAAUUAAAUAAUUAUGAAUUUAUAGAUUUACAUAUUAAAUAAGAAACAUAAAAUCACAAUUGGAUAAUUGUUAACUAAACAUGUAUAAUUUCUAUAUGUAUAUAAAAAUAAAAAACUCUAUAU